AGGCUUUUAUCUAAAACUGAGAUUAUUCUUCUUCUGCGCGCCUCAAAAACGGGAAUCUUCUAAUUCUCCUUCGCAGGUUCGGUUUGAAGCUUCAUCUUUUCUGUCGUAAAGCGGCGCAAACGCGGAUCUGCGCAGAACCGCAGUGCGCCGCUGCGCUGCAGCUUCCGGAGCCUCUGGCGUCGCUGGUGUCAUGAUGGAGGAUCAGGGAUCCGCCGCCGCCGCGUGAACACCUCGCCGCUCCGCGUGAACACCUCGCCGCCCCGCGUGCUCCCGCGUGCUCCCGCCGCCUUCGCUUUGCAGCGGUGAGAGAGGCGCGUGCCGUUUGCAGGUUGGAGUUUGCGCAGUUGCAGAGCGCGCGGCGUCUGCGGAUUAUUGCGGGUUCUUUUCGUUCUGCAGCUCCGGUUGCGGUUUCAGCACCGCGGACAGCUCCCCGUUCAAACAAACCGUGUUUUUGCUCUGCGCUCAGGCCCGAUCAACCCGACCGAACCGGAACCAGAGACACCUGAGAGGAGACACCGCCGCCAGCAUGAAGCACUUCCUAAGGGUUCUGACGCAGUUCUUCGUGUUCCUCUACUGUAAAUGUCUGUGGCGGGGCCUGAAGUUUGUGGCCCGGAAGUUCACGGGCCGCUGUGAGCUGCAGCGAAUCUGCUACAACAACAAACCGGGAGCUCGCAGGACUCAGAAGAUUGAGUCGUCCCUGCGUUACUCCAAAAAUGAGCUGAUGCAGUCUGCCCUCAGCAUCCACCCUGACAAGGUGGAGAAGACCGUCGACGACAUCAUGGCCUUGAAGAAGAUAAACCCGGACACCAACCCCCAGCUCAGCAUCUCCCUGCAGGCCAGCCUGCUGCAGAUCGUGGGCUACAGGAACCUGGUGGUGGAGGUGGAGAAACUGCGCCGGGAACCCUACGACUGUGAAAACGCCGAGCACGAAGAAAUGCUGAUGAAGCUCUGGAAGGAGCUGCGUCCCAACACCCCCCUGACCAGCCGCAUCUCUAAGCAGUGGUGUGAGAUCGGAUUCCAGGGCAGCGACCCCAAAACUGACUUCAGAGGCAUGGGCCUGCUGGGCCUGCACAACCUGCUGUACUUCGCUGAACAUGACAAGUCUACGGCUCUGCAGAUGCUCCAGGACUCCCUGCAGCCCAAGCACAAUGAGGGGAGCAAGCCUGAAUGGGAGCAGAAAAACUUUGACAAAGCUAUCGGAUAUUCGUUUGCUAUCGUGGGCAUCAACAUCACCGACUUGGCCUACUCGCUGCUGGUGAGCGGAGCUCUGAAGACCCACUUGUACAACGUGGCUCCAGAAAUGCCCAACCUGCAGCAUUUCCAACAGACCUUCUGUUACCUGAUGCAGGAAUUCCAGCGCUUCUGGAUCGAGGAGGAUCCCAGCGACAUCAUGGAGUUCAACCGCGUUCGCUCCAAGUUCCACCGGAGGAUCCUGCGCCAGCUCAAGAACCCAGACAUGGCUCUGUGCCCCCACUUCGCUGCCUCCGACCUGCACCUGGUUAACCUCUAGACCCACCACCACCUUCGAGUCUCCGCCGGGUGUUCAGCAGGUCACUGAAGCAUCAGCAAACCCUUCACACAUGCAGCCGGUUGCUCCAACUGCUGGACACACCCGAGGAGACCUUUUCUCCUCCGCUUAGCACAUCCCAUUCCAGCUAACACCAUGUUUGUCACUGCCAGGAGCUCACGACACGCACACACAAAAACCAAACCUCACGAGUCUAGAGUCUGAGUAGAGCGGAAAUAGUCUUUACUUUCAAAAUGAGGCCAAACAGAUUUUAUGUCUUUCAGAAAAAUACACUAUAUUGAGGAAUUCAACUACAACAGAUCGAUUCUAGUCUUUGUGCCAUUCGGUAAAUGACAUUUUUUAUGUUUUAUUUAAUAUCUGAUUGAUUAUUUUAAGAAACCACUUAACUCUUGACAUGUCGAGUUGUUCUCCUUGGUUCUAUGUCUAAAGCAGCUGCUCCGACCAGAAAAUAAAGUCAAGAUUUGGAUUUAAUCAAAGUUAAAGCUGGGGCGCUUUCAUCUCUUUUUAAGGCUAAUUCCAUCUGUAUUUAGCAUGACUGCUAAAAGCAAAUUUUGUUCUGAUUCUUGUUUGGUUGACUGAUGAUGGAAAAAGGUUUAACAUUAGAUGAAAGCUGAGGUGUGUUCAUUUAAAUGGAUGUGAAACCGGUGCACCAUGCAGUUAUGAAUCAUUUUAACUAAACCCUUCAGGCAUAGUUACCGUAGUUCACAAAAAUUCAAGUUUAGGAAACCACAAAAAAUCUGUAACCUACAAACAGUUAUACAACAACUGAGAUGCACCUCGACGCUUAAUCAAGUAACCAGUGAAUGAAUAGAUGGGCAGCAAAUGGGUGACGUGACCCUUUGGUUUGCUUUUAGCUGAUUGACGGUCACUUAAAAAAGUCUGACGUUUGUUAAAAACACAAGAAUGUCAUUUAUAAUCAAAAGAUCACAUGACUCGUUUAACUCAUCAAUAUGUCAAAGUUCAUUAAAAAUAGCAAAGCGUCUCUCUAUUCUAUUCAAUAGUUCUGUAUUGUUGUGAAUGGACUCUGGCUUAAUAUAAUGAGCUACUACUUGACGUGACUUCAGCACUUAAACUUGAAUUGUACAAUAUUUAUGUGAUAGAUAGAGGUCCUGCAAGUAUUAGGACCUAAUUAAACGAUGUCUCACAGGCUAAUGCAGAAACCAUUUGUUACAUUUUGGAUUAAUAACUCGGCUUAUUCUUUGUAUCAUUAUUUUAUUUAGGGUUUUUUUUUAUCUCUUAUGGAUCAUAGAACAAAAAACCUGUGGAAAUAAUUUUUAACAUCAGAAAAGUUCAAUGUAGCCCCAACUUAUAGCUAAAAGCGUUUAGCUAAAAGUGCUAGAAGCAUUUAGCUUUUAAAGUCUUAAAAGUAUUUAGCUAAAAACGCCAAAAGCAUUUAGCUAAAAGCCCUAAAGGUGUUUAGCUAAAAGUCCUAGAAGCAUUUAGCUAGGAACCCUAAAGGUGUUUAGCUAAAAGUGCUAAUGGCGUUACGCUAAAAGCGUUUAGCUAAUGUUUUUAGCAUAAGUUACUUAUAAUUUCUGAGGUUGGGUGUCUUUCUCAAGUCCACUAAGGGAUGCCAGGAUUUUGAACAACUGACAAACCAAUCAGCAGAAGGCUGCUCAAUCUAAAGUGCUACAGCUAGCCCUCAAGUUACUGCUAAAAAUAUUUAUCCAAAAACAUUUAGCUAAAAGCCCUAAAAACAUUUAGCUAAAAGUUUUUAGCUGAAAGCGCUAAAAGCAUUUAGCUAAAAGAUCUUAGUGUUUAGCUAAAAGCAUCAAAAGCAUUUAGCUAAAAUCCCUGAAGGUGCUUAGCUAAAAUUCCUAAAAGCGUUUAGCUAAUGCUCUUAGCAUAAGUGACUUAUAGGUUGCUUUAAAUUUUCUUGGUUUGGGUGUGCUGCUCAAGGACACUGGAGGAUUCUGGGAUUUUGAACUACUGACCAAGCAAACGGCAGAAGAAUCUAAAGUGCUACAGCUAGCCCUCAAAUGACAGCUAAAAGGUUUUAGCCAAAAACUUUUGGCUCAAAGCGUUUGGCUAAAAAGCACUUAAAGCAUUUAGCUAAAAGCGUUAGAAGCGUGUAGCUAGAAGUGCUAAACUAGCGUUUGGUUAAAGACGCUAAAAAGCAUUUAGCUAAAUGUGCUAAAAGCAUUUUGCUAAAAGCUCUAAAAGGGUUUAGCUAAUGCUCUUAGCAUGAGUCUCCGUUUUCUUGGGUUGGGUGUCUCGCUCAAGGACACUAGAAGAUACUGGGAUUUUGAACUACUGACCAACCAGAAGGCUGCUCAAUCUAAAGUGGUACAGCUAGCCCUCAAGCUACAAAGUUAGCUAGGGAGGCUAGCUUGUCUACCCUGCCUAAAAUGCUCCAAUAAGACCAAUGUUUUACUCAGACUCUACACUUCAAGUAUAAACCAUCUAAUGAUUUCUGGAAUCGGCUCCUUUAGGGUGUCGAGUCUCUAAAAUCUAAGUGUAAACAUAAAAAAAAAAAAGAGAGAAACAGAGAAACGCACUGCCUGUACGUCCUCACUACAGCGUCAAACCACCAGCAUUAGAUAGGACCAUAGCGAUUGUAGUGCAUGAAGGGGCCGCACCACAUCGUCAUGACCAGUUAUUGUUGCUUUAAUGAUUGUACCACAGCUUUUACACCUCAGUUAUGAACCGCUUUGCUUGUUAUACUAAACCAAAUGGAAUUUUUCAACCAAAAAUAUAUGAAAAAUCUCACAAAUUAGAAAAAUGUUGGCGCUAGUUUUCCAUCUUUGAGUAAAAAUCUAAAUAUAUGAAGCUAAAUGGAUAUGUGAUAAGGUUUGAAUGCUAUUGGUUGGCGCUAAUUCAAUCAAAAGGUUUCAAUGCUUCGUCUGUAUUAGCAUGCUGCAUAGAUUGUCACAAACAUUUCAUCUCUAGGCCAAAAAAACAAAACAAACAAAAAAAAUGAAUGUGACAUUUAUCUCAGCAGCUGUUUGUUUGUUGUAAACCUGCGAGAUCCACAUGUACACCUACUUAGUUUUGCAGGUUUGCUGUUUUUGCCUUCAUUUGAAACCACGCUAAGAUUCUGUUCUGAAUGUUCAUCUGAUUGUUUUAUCCUUUUAUUCACUGAAUGUGACACUGUGCACCAGCCAAAGCAAUAAUUCACAUGUAUUGAUUUCACAGCUUCUCUAUUUUAAAUGUGUUUCGCGCCGUGUGUGCCUGAGUAUUUUUUUUUUUUUUUUUUGCUUUAUAUCUCAGAGCUGUAAUGCUAAUCACCUAAAGGCUGCUUUGAAUCAAAAGUGGGAAGUGCUUUUAUUGAGCAGAGGAAGAAACUACAGCAGAAGCCAAAAAAACAGAAUAGAGAAGAUGUUGAAUGUUAUAAAAGUAUUGAUUUAUCAGUUAACACUGUAAUUAAAUGAGUCAGCAUGUGAUUAAAAACACACAUAAUAAUAAAAGUGUUCUACAACAAGCUUAAACAGACAUUGAAAAUAGACUAAAAACACUAUUUUGUGUUUUUAAACAAAAAGAAAACUUUUUUUUAAAUAGUGAUGAUGCUAAAUCCAACCCUACAAAAGUGAUAGAUUGAUAUUAGCUUUAGUUUUUCAGUCUAUACUUGAUCAUUUAUGUACCAACUUUCAUAAUUGUAUUUUAAAGCAAAUUUUCUGAUUUUUCCUACCAAUUGCCAUUUUCACAGUUUUUUAAAUUAAAAAUAAAUUAAGUUUGGAAUUUAGGACAGGUUUGCUACAGGAAAAUGUUGAUUCAUUACUUAAAAUGCAAAUUAAAAUGCCUGAAAUUGUCCUAAAAGUAAAAUCUUAAUCCAGCAAACAAAAAUAUGUCAAUUUUUAAGCUUAAAACCUAUAAAUAUUUAAGGUAACACCGCGAUAGUAGUGUGGCAAACGACAGAAACCGAAUGAGAACCAGCAGAUAAAAGUGCAUUUUAUUGAAAGCAAGACUUUGAUUGUCAUUUGAGCUCUGAGUCACAUUAAUUUCUCAUAAAAUCCACAUGCGUUCUUUAGUGCUGCUUCUCUUCAACACAAGAUCGCUGUGUUUAACGUUCGAUCACGACACUGGGACAUGUUCUCACCACCAAAAUCUAAAGUAUUACCACUGUUUUACUGCCAUGCUUGCACUGUUGACUGUGUUUAAAUAGACUUGUAUCUUUUAGUUCCUUUAAAGUGAAGGUAAAAGCUCUUAGUCAGUAUUAUUCCGAUGUCUUUCUUCGAUGAAUGUCUGCGCUGCUUCCAUCUCCUGCUUGCAGUUUGUGUUUUCUUUAACGAUAAUAGAAUAGAAAUGUGUUGUGGAAGAAAGUCCAACAACACUGUAGACAAACUUUGGCUUCUACUGCUGUGUGUUGAUCAUUCCAUCUGCUUGAUAUUUUCACUCUCACUGCUGUUGCUUUCUAUAUUCCUCGGUAAAGUAAUCCUGAGUAUUGUUACAGUGUGUUUCAUUUAAUCGUGCUGUACUUUUUGAAACUUCAAUAAAAUCAAAAUGUCUGGUAAAAUUC